CGCGCGGCGGUGGUGGUGGAGGAAUCCGCUGAGGGUUUCCACAGACGUGUGUGUGUGUGGCUCACUGCUGUCACAAGCCUCGCACUUUAGCUGAAGGUGACAACACCUCGUUCUUUUACCGGCGGGGAACUGUAGCCGGAACCACCACCAACAACCGCCACCACCACCAUCCCCCUGAGCGACAUGGCCGCACGGCGGCUGUCGGCGCCCUCUACCGCCGUCACUGCCGGCGCUGCCGCUGCCGCGUGCGCCGAUGCGGCGUGGGAAUUACAAUAGAGGGGGGAGGGAGCCGAGGCAGGCUGAGGAGGAGGAGGAGCGGCGGUCGCAGCACAGGGGGCAGUCGCCCACGCGUUCCUCUAUUUUUAUUAUUUUAUUUUUAUUAUUUGUGCUACACUCGCCGCCACCGUCACCACUCUCACACGCGGCACGAGCCGGGCGGUGUGGUCCCUUCCGACCAGUGUCGUCGUCGUCGUCGUUUUGCUGAAGGCGCAGAGGAAGAGACUUGCUCUCUCCUCCCUCCGUACACGUGAAGAGAGCAGACGGGGCACCGCGUUACCACACGUCCGCCGAGACGCGCCCGCCCGCCCGCCCGCGUGUCCGUGGUCUGCGCGGCCGGCGGGGCCUCUGCCGCAAGCGUUACUCGAAUAGGUAACCCACCUACGGACCCUCGUGCGCUUUCUAUUCUGCACCUCAUCAUCGUCGUCUUUGUCGUCGUCGUCCUGAGCACCUCGUUCUCUUCUUGCUUCACGGACCUUCUUGGGCCCCCACCCCACCACCCCGUCUCGCUCGUGCCUCGCCGGCCUCCUGUCGAGGCGUCUCUCCGUGUACGACGACUCUUCAUCGUCGCUCCUGCACCACCGCCGCCGCCUCCGCCAGCCACUUCAUCUCUCCUCAUUAUCCUCGCCACCAGCGAGCGAAUUUGCAGCGGCAGCUUGACGCUCGUUCUCGCCCGAGCAAAACCCACCACCCCGAGCCAUCUCGGCCCGUCUCGUCCUCGUCUCCUUCCUCGUCGCUCUCCUCCUCCUCCUCCUCGUCGUCGUCGUCCGGGAGUGGGGGGCGGGGGGGGUGGUGGGCGGCUCGAUUCGCCUCGUGUCUGGGGCGAUGCUGUCGGCUCUGCAGUGCGGGCGCCUCGUGGCCCGCGCCGUCCUCGGGGGCCUCUCCCUGGGCGACUCUCGCGACUUCUCGCUCGUCACGGCGAGCUGCGGCUUCGGCAAAGACUUCCGUCGUCUCGGCGUGCUCAAGAAGGGCAUGUGCUUCGGCGACGACGCAUACUUCAUUGCGCGCCAUCGAUCGGCCGACGUGCUCGGUGUGGCAGACGGCGUGGGCGGCUGGCGUGACUACGGCGUGGACCCGUCGCAGUUCUCGGCGACGCUCAUGCGCACGUGCGAGCGGCUGGCACGCGAAGGCCGCUUCGUGCCCUCCAACCCCGUGGGCAUCCUGUGCGCCAGUUACGCCGAGAUGCUGCAGCACAAGGCUCCCCUGCUAGGCAGUAGCACGGCGUGCGUCGUGGUGCUCGACCGGAGCAGCCACAAGCUGCACACGGCGAACCUAGGCGACUCGGGCUUCCUGGUGGUGAGGGGCGGUCGUGUCGUGCACCGCUCGGACGAGCAGCGCCACUACUUCAACACGCCCUUCCAGCUCGCCAUUGCACCGCCCGGCGCCGAGGGAGCCAUGCUCAGCGACAGCCCCGAGGUGGCGGACAGCUCGUCUUUCGAUCUGCAACUCGGCGACAUCAUCCUCACCGCGACAGACGGCCUCUUCGACAACAUGCCCGACCACAUGAUCCUGCAGGAGCUCCGCACCCUCAAGGGCUCGGACGUGGAAAGCAUCGGGCAGACGGCACGCAGCAUCACAGAGCAGGCUCGCGAGCUGGCCUACGAUCCCGAGUACAUGUCUCCCUUCGCCCGCGACGCCUGCAGCAACGGCCUAAACCUCAGGGGCGGGAAGCCGGAUGACAUCACUGUACUUUUGUCAAUAGUUGCGGAGUACACAGACUGACUAACCAUGGCGCUCCGUCGUGCUCCUCGAGAUUGAAGUGGCCGUGCCGUCACCAUCUCUGCGACACCGCCCAUCCCCACCCUUCCUGCCUAACGUCUUCCCCUCCACCUGCAAUCUUGCACCUUCUUGCCACCAAUCUUUUUUUGGUUUUGUUCAACCGGAGAUCAACUUCCGCUCGACGGCCGCUCCCGCCACUCCUCUAACUUCCAACUCGUGGCGACGAGGACGUCGGAGUGGGGGGGGGGGCGGAGGAGGAAAGAGAGGGCGCCAGGAGACCCGCAAGGUUGCCAUGGUUCCCGCAGAGAGCAGCGUGACCCUGUGAGACCGACUCUUCACGCGCUCGCACCACGGGGAGCCAGCAGCAAGCCCCCCCCCCCCCCCUUUAUGCGUCCUGUGUUCCGGAGGAGGAAAGAAAUCCCGGACUUAUGGGACAUCGUCGCGCGCACUGACUGCGUAAUCCUCACGCGCGAAGCGACAUGGGGAAACCUCACCGCUGCUGCGUCGCCACCUUUCGUGCUCCUGCACCGCCACCAUCGAGAGUUCUUGGCUCUCCGAUCGCCGGUGGUCGCCUCCUCCAGCGAUGCUGUGGUUUUUCAUUCCCCCACCCUUCCUCUGCGUCAACAGGAUCCUUCGAGGGAGGGAUGGCGGGGCGUGCACGUGCCACGGCGGCCCCGCAACCACCGUGCGUGCCACGUGCCAGAGGAGAUAGAAAUUGGCGGAUUACGCCACUUUAAAUGCCGUCCCUAUUACUUCCUAAUUCCCUCCCACCACCAACCCUCUUAUCGUGUAUAUUAAUGCCUUUCUUAAGUGCAGCCGUGAGUAAAUUGUGCUGAAACAAAGCAAGUGAAGACUUGAAAACCUAUUGCAAAAAAAACUAGAACAUUAUGUAUAUAUAUGUAUAUGUGUAUACGUUCGAAUAACAUUUUUUUUCCACUGAACGUGAAGGGACAGAACUGUAGCUUUAACCUGCUGGCUUCCGUUACGUAUCCAAGAAAGACGAAUCGCCCCUAAAAUGGUCUGUUCGGUGAAAAAACAUUUUCUUGUGUUUUUAUUUUCUUAUUGUUACUGUUAAUAGUGUUAUUAAUGUUCUUUUAAAAAAAAAAAUCAAUAACCUCUGUGGUCGCUGAAGCAGCAACAAUUUUAAUACCAUCGGCAUAUACGUAUACAUAUAUAUUCAACGAACUCCUUAAUUUAUUAUGUGACGUGCGUACGCGUGUGCAGAUUCCAUCCCACUUGUAUGUAAAGUACUUAUUUAUUCGGUGCCGUGGGGUUGUGCCGCGCGAGUGUGAGAGAUGGGUGCCUGGGUCGGUCCUGUGCGCUCGUACGUUUGGCCUGCGUGAGUGAGCGCCGCUCGGCUCUCCUAACAGGGGAAAGUGGGGGGGGGGGGGGGCCCUCGACUGCGCCUCCGGUAAGUGCAGGUGCCGAACAAGUUCAAGCAUUGCAUUUCUUUUCAAAAUGUGACGAACCAACAACAGUCCUCCUUGGCAUCGUGCUACUGCUGCCCCUGGGGGGGGGGGGGUCAUGGAAAAAGGAAAAAAAUGUUUGCGCUCUCUCAGAUUCUUGUAACGUUAUAUUUUUAAUACACAGUAUUUAACUUCAAUUUGACAUUAGCGAGUGCCUUCCCGUUGCUGGAGAAAAAAAAAAACCCGAUGUAUCCCCCCCCCCCCCCCCCGCUUGCACGAAUUCUUUGGAGACACGUAUCUGAGAAGCUGACAAAGUUUAUUUUCAUGGCCUUCGGUGAGCGCGUUCUCAACGCCCCCCCCCAACCCCCGGGUGUCCGUCGCCCCACAAAUCUCCGUUUUCCCCGUUUUACCAAUCGACGGCCCCGCGCGGCGGUGCGCUCUGGACAUUUGCGGCAAGCGGACAAGAUUUGAGGACGGGUUGAAACCCGAAGCGUGGAUGGGGCGAACGCGUUGCCGCCUGGGUAUUUCGGAGUGUCACGCGAUGUCCUUGCGUUGGUUUAUUACGGCCGCGUGCGGAGGCUUGCAGCAUCGGGCGCCAGGAGCAGAGUCCAAUGUGUGGUUGUCACGAAGGUUGUCACUUCAUGUGUGGAGACUUGAGAAGGAUGUGAUGCUUUAAAAAAAUCAGUUUUUGACUCAUGGCUUUGAUUCUCAUACAACAUAACCUUGGCGCAUGACAAUAUAAAGGCAGUAGCAGCGUGCGUGUGGAUGCGUGCGCUGGGAAAAUGAGCGUAGCGAGGCGUGCGCUGUACCGUAAAGCUGUAGGUCACUGCGGUUUGUUUUAAAGCAAUACCAUACGUUACCAGGUGCACCGCAGACAAAAAUGCAACAUUGUAAAAAAUAAAGGAAUGUCAGAGACUUUU